AUGAAUCAAGUUGCUGAGUCUGCCAAUGUACCAGUUUCUAAAAGAGACUUUAUUCAAGUUGAUCUCUCUGACUUUGAUAAUCGACGAGACGAAAUUACAAAGACAUUGAUGAAAGCUGUCACGACUCAAGGAUUCUUUUAUGUUGUAAAUCAUAGUAUAUCACUUGAAGAUAUUCGAGGCAUGUUCCAAGCAAGCCAUGACUUCUUUGCUCUUGAUGAUUCCAUUAAAAGCAAAUACCCGAUGGACAUCAAACGAAAUGCUGGGUGGGAAAAGUUGGCUCAAAUAAGACCUUCGACAGGCGUAGCAGAUUUAAAAGAGUCCAUUCAGCUUUCAUUUCAUGGUAUCGAAGAUCUCUGGCCCACUGAACAAGACGCUCCCACAUUUCGUUUGACCGCAGAGCGAUUCAUGCAACAGUGCGAUCAGGUGUCUAAGAAGCUCUUGACUUGCCUUGCAUUAGGCCUUGGCUUUGAACAAGACUUUUUCACACGAUCCCAUGACAUAACCAAGUCUGACUGUCUCAAUACACUCCGUUGUCUUCAUUAUCAUGAUAUCACCGGCCAAACCUUUCCUCCAGAGUACUGGCGUGCAGGCGCUCAUACCGAUUUCGAUACAUUGACUUUACUCCUUCAACGUUCCGGCGAAGACGGACUCGAGGUCUGUCCUGGUCGAGAGGUAUCGACUGAGUUUGGUCACGGUGAUUCCUGGACACCCGUGUCUCCAAAAGAAGACGAGAUUGUCUGUAAUAUUGGAGACAUGCUGAUGAGAUGGUCCGAUGAUCGAUUCAAAAGCAACUAUCACCGCGUGCGUGCUCCAAAAGUGGGUGAAUAUCAAGGACCGCGUUACUCCAUCGCUUAUUUCAAUCAAGCAAACAAGUCUGCAAUCAUUCAAGGACGUGCCCGUUAUCCUGAUCCGAUUACUGCUGCUGAAUUUAUUCAACAAGCCAUAGAGAGAAAUUAUCGUGUCUUGCAAGAAUUGAAAGCUAAGCAGCAGGCUACUCCAGCAUAA